AGAAAGAUCUAGAAGAGAGUGGAAUUGAUGUCAGUGGAGCUUCGGUCUGCUCAGGAGUGUUCACAGAGAUCUUCAAAAAGGAGCAUGGGAGGAAGAAUGAGGAAGACAAGAUGUUUAGCUUCAUCCAUCUGAGUGUUCAAGAGUUUCUGGCUGCUCUUCAUGUAGAGAGCGCUGUCAUUAACAAAAACAAGAAUGUGAUGUCUGAGCAAGGGCAAAGUUUCUUCAAAAACGUUUUCAGCAGAACAUCUACGACAAAGGUCCACAUGUUUGCUAUUGACAAGGCCUUACAGAGUCCAAAUGGACACCUGGACUUGUUCCUCCGCUUCUUCCUGGGUCUUUCACUGGAGACCAAUCAGAAAAACCUACGAAGUCUGCUGAAAAAAAGAAGCUCAGAGACCAAUGAGGAAACAGUCAAGUACAUCAAGAAGAAGAUCAGUGAGGAUCUGUCUCCAGAGAGAAGCAUCAAUCUGUUCCACUGUCUGAAUGAACUGAAUGAUCGUUCUCUAGUGGAGGAGAUCCAACAGGACCUGAGUUCAGGAAGUCUCUCCACAGAUAAACUGUCUCCUGCUCAGUGGUCAGCUCUGGGCUUCAUCUUACUGUCAUCAGAAAAUGAUCUGGAUGUGUUUGACCUAAAGAAAUACUGUGCUUCAGAGGAGGCUCUUCUGAGGCUGCUGCCAGUGGUGAAAGCCUCCAAAAAAGCUCUGCUGAGUGGCUGUAACCUGUCAGAGAGAAGCUGUGAAGAUCUGUCCUCAGUUCUCAGCUCAGAGUCCUCUAGUCUGAGAGAGCUGGACCUGAGUAACAAUGAACUGAAGGAUUCAGGAGGGAAGCUGCUUUCUACUGGAGUGAAGAGUCCCUACUGUAAACUGGAGACUCUCAGGCUGAGUGGCUGUAACCUGUCAGAGAGAAGCUGUGAAGAUCUGUCCUCAGUUCUCAGCUCAGAGUCCUCCAGUCUGAAAGAGCUGGACCUGAGCAACAACGAACUCAAGGAUUCAGGAGGGGAGCUGCUUUCUACUGGAUUGAAGAGUCCACACUGUAAACUUGAAACUCUAAGUUUGUCAGGCUGUCUGAUCACAGAGGAAGGCUGUACUUCUCUAGCCUCAGCUCUGAGCUCCAACCCCUCCCAUCUGAAAGUGCUGGACCUGAGCUACAAUCAUCCAGGAGACUCGGGAGUGAAGCUGCUUUCAGCUAGACUGGAGGAUCCACACUGCAGACUGGACACUCUACGGCUGGAUCAUUGUGGAGAGCAGUGGCUGAAACCUGGUCUGAGGAAAUGUAGCCCUUUCUUGACGAUGUUCGCGGGCCGAGUGUCGGGCGCCACGGUCGGGCCAGCUGCCGCGGGAAAAGGCGGGAAGUUUUCGGUGGAGGAGCUGUACGGCUUCAACAAGAAGCAGAAGGUCACCAGAGGGCAUUCUGGGAAAGGAGAUCCGAGCGAUGGGAGGAGAGAAGCCAAGGAGAAGGAGAAGGAGGAGUCAGUGCUGGCUUCUCAGAUCCUGGAGGCAGCCCGGAGGCUGAUGGAGAGACGCAGGCUCGAGAUCUACCUCAAGGAGUGUGACGUUACCAUGGAGACCAGCAGCAUGCCCUACAGGUAG